AUCCCAUCCAUAUUACCCAAUAUGCCCGUAAUAGAAAUCGUUCUUUGUGCUAGACAAGCUCUAUCAAAAAAUAUAUAGACGCCUUCUAGAAUAUCCACAUGGUAGUCCUGUCCAUGACCGAGUAUGAAGCGUUUUACUGAUUUGCUGGUGGUUUACGUUCUGAAACCCGUGGUCAAAUUCAUAUUCGUGAGCCUUUGGACGUUGCUGAGACCUCCUCUCGCACUGCCCUUGCAUACGAGAUUGAUAAAGUGUCUUAUUCGCCUGGCACGCCCUGAGUUUAUUUCACAAUAUGCCCGUAAUGAUGGUCCUACUACCAUGGACCUUGAUGCUAUGGAAGAAAGAUUAUCCAUGCAGACCAAUUAUCGUGGACGCUCAGACCAACGUAACAGUCGAAGUUCCACCGGCCGCCCCAAUAUGAAAUCACAUCAACAAGGUGACCAGGAUAGCCGCAAGUGUUUUCGGUAUGGUCAAUCUGGACACCUCUGUCAUUUCUGCCCAGACAGUAUUCCUAGUACCCGCCACUUGAACGAAGGAUGUGCCAAGACCCAAGGAUGCAAUGACCUAUCAUUCCACACAACAGUAUUUUAAUAAUUAUUCUGCUUGCAAUGAAGACUUACUGCUACCAUAAACACAUACUUGUCACUGUAUGAUGUCAUAUAUGAAGGAAAGCGUAUCUCCAUAUUAAUCGACAGUGGUGCAAGCGCAAACUAUGUGACAC